AAAAAAAAAACAAGUCGAGUCGAACCAUUGAUCAUCCCACUUCCAUCUCAUCACUCACGCUGACAUCGACGGACGACCUUCGAUCUCUCAAUACGGUAUCGACCUUCGCACGGCCUCUCCACUCCCUCAGCCGAUGAAUCUCCCACGAGAAAAGGGAGAGUGUGCACAGGCCCCUAGAUUCGAUCCACCGAUCACCAUCGCGAGGCCACCGCCCCGGCCAUUGUGAGAUCCGACGUACAUUCUCGACGAACUGCUGUCCGACCUCAUUCUCUCUUGCGACUCACAGAGCCAUUCGACCGUUUCUUACCUAAUAUGCCCUGGCAGCCGCUGCCUCUGUCGUAUGCGGUUGCCAUCUAUCCCUUUCAGCCGACGUCUUCUCCAUCCGAACUCCCUCUGCAGAUUGGAGACCAAUUGUAUGUCAUCGAGCAGGGAGGCAAAGAUGGGUCUUGGUGUCGAGGUUAUCUGGUUGCGCCGCCCACCCUGCUGUCGGCAUUAAGCACAGGGAUCAGGACCGCCGCCGACGCUCGGGUCUUCUCUGGCAUCUUCCCCAAGUGUUGUAUCGAAAUUCGAGAACAACUGGGUCCAAAUGUCGAUUUUCUCGUCCAGCCGGGCCAGCCAAGGCCCCCAGCCCCAGUGCCCAUGUUGAAAAUUGGUGAUGAGUCUCCGACGUCAAGCACUGAGCCACUGGUGGAUGAAAUCACCUCUUGUUUGCGAGAGUGGUAUAUUUUGCACCUUCCCGAGCUGGUUUUGCGUCGAGAGUAUCAUCUUCUGGACCAAAUGUCGGAUAUUACCACCCGACUCGACUACGCCCGGCGAGAACUCUUAAACGAUGUGCUCACCACUCAGGAGAGGCUCCAAGUCCGCAAGGAGGCGGUCUGGGACCUCGUGCGAGGGAACAGAAUGCUGAGCGGCGAGAUCAUUGUGCGUGAUCCCGCUCGACAAGGACGGCUAUUGACGUCGCAGGACUCCGCCAUCGAGCUGGCCAAACUGCAGUCAGUCAUGAGUGUACUGGAUACUACUCCAUCUGAAAAGUCCAAGGCGACUUCACUCCAUCAUUGUCUCCUUGAGAUCACGUCAGUUGCGGGUUCUGACCUCGAUGCGACAACACUGAGUCUGGCUCUGUAUCUAAGGGAUGCAGACGGCAAUCUCAAGCCUUUCUCAGAGACGUACAGCUCCAUGGCCACUUCCAAAAUGAAGACACUCCUAUCUGAUCUCAGCACUCGCGACGUUGGGACCGAUGAUCGGUUAUUCCUCAUUGUCAAAGUUGUGGUUUCGGAGCCUCCUCGGAAAGCCAAAAAAAGAGCGGUAGAGAGACCGCCGUCAAGGAAUGGAACCCUACUUGGUCAACGGCAGUUAUCACUGAACAGGCGGAGAUCCAGCCUGAUGUUUGGGAGGCGGCGAAAUGCAGACAGACCUCAGCCCGGCCAAAAUGGUAGAACCACCCCACAGUUGCAGGAAAGAGCAUCGACUCCGUCGAUAAUUGAGGAGGAGGAAGAUGGCCAAAGCAAGCCUAUGGGGCCCCCUGUUCCUCGGACUAUUGGGGUGGGAGUCCUAGACAUUGCAAAGAUCAUGAGGGAUGGCCAGCCACGAGAAGAAAACGUCACCAUAUGGUCUGGGUCGCAGCGAGACGACGAGAAACCGGGGGGAUCGAGCGUAAUCGCAGCGCAGCUCCUUGACAGCCCCGGCAAAGCUCUUGUUCUGUGCACACCUAUCUCCAGUGUCUCCUUUAGCCUCACUCCCUAUGCUGCGCCCGAGGCAGACACCCUGAUCAAGAAUACACCCACCUCAAUGCACAUGAUCACCAAAACUCAGAAGAUGGGUUUCUCAGAGGCACCGUCCAAACCACGGACAGAUAUCUACCUCACUUUGAGCAAAGCAGUUCUGUCCCAAGCCUCCUUUUUGUCUCACCCUGAAGUGAACGUGGCGCCGAUAAAAGCCCACUCACUGCAGAAUCUACAACUGACCAUGGAGAUACGUGACAAUGCUGGACGGCGCGUGGAACAUUGUAUAUUUCCGUCGUCGAAUGGGGCGGGAGUUACUGCUUUCCGAACGAAUGCCGUGGAGUUCGACCACAAAUGGGAUCAGACACUAUGUUUGCGAGUGCCAACCGAGAAAGUACCAGAGAGUCAUUUGGUUUUGAGUAUUGCGGAUGCCCCAGAGUUCCCGUUUGCCCUGGCUUGGUUGCCACUAUGGGACAAGCAAGCAUUUAUUUCUGAUGGCAAGCACUCGCUCAUCCUACACGCUUACGACAAGAUCACCUCCAGCAUCGUCCAAGGACGCGGUGCAUAUUUAUCCUUGCCCUGGAACAAUGCUAACUACAAGACCAUCCAUGAAGGCUCCUUGGCUACGAUCGCUUCCCUUGAAGUCUACACACUUCUCUGCAGUACGGAGUAUUCGCAGGAUCGAACCUUGGUCAGCCUCAUCAAUUGGAAACAUCAGACGUCGGUCCAAUUGUUGGAUAUCCUGCAAAAACUCACAUUUGUCCCGGAGAUCGAAAUCGUCAAGCAGCUUAGGGAGGUGCUGGACGCGUUGUUCGGAGUCCUUGUGCACAAAUCGGGGGAGUCCAAGUUUGAAGACCUUAUAUUCAAUGAUAUUGUCUGGGUGCUCGGAAUUGUCCAUGAUCGACGGUUUAACUUGGGUCCUCUGAUUGAACAGUAUACGGAGAAUCACUUUCGCUUUCCCUACGCUGCGUCGUGCCUGAUUCGCAGUUUCACCAGGCUUUUGCAAAGCGUUUCAGACCCCCAAAGUGCCCGUGAUAUGAGGUCUUUGUUCAAGGUUGGCAAAAAUUUCAUGAGGAUCCUGAUCGUGUCCUACCAACAGCGACGCUUUGGGUCGCAACCCCGAGACAACGACGAGAAGCACUCGAGUUUCAAGGAAGAUAUGCAGGCGAUUCUUUUUGGAUUGCAGAUGAUGAUGCGCAGCGAGACUCCGGCACUCGUUGGGAGCAAAACCCUCCUUGUACAGAAAUUCCACGACUGGCUUCCCGAAUUACUCCCGGCCUUCAGCAAGGAAGAAGUGAUGAAGGUGGCGGUUGACUUCAUUGACGCAUGUGACGCAGCCUCUGGGAAGCUGCUUUUGUACAGAAUCGUCCUGAUCCUGAACUACACCAAGCUAGACCAGGUCUGGGUGGACGAGAAAGACCGGAAGAUGCUUGUUAAGAACUGUAUCAGGUGGCUUUCGCCAUACUGGACCCCAAACAACCGGUCCGACAACUGGCACGAACAAGUCCGGUUGUGCUGCUCGGUCGUCGCCGAACUCACACGAUUUCCGACUUUGCACCUGCACGACUUCAUGCCGAAACUCAUCUCUGCUUACAAUACCAUUGCAGAUGGGCCGCCAGCGAGACGACGGUCCUUGUCUCUGCUCUUUUCAGACUCCUACCCAUUCAUCAGCAAAUCGUCCGAAGCCAAUGAUCAGUUUGACGAAGCGCUCCUGGAACUCUCUUCCCUCAUCUCUAUAAUCGCCAAGAUGAAGCUCCCAUCGAAUCUCAAACUCCAAGGACAGGAACUCACCGAGUACAUCAUCUCCACACUCAUGGUCCUACGAUCUCUCCUCAAGAACGACGCAUUUCCCGCCUCAUGGCUCAGCCUGCACAUCUAUCACCACUCAUCAGCUUUGACAAUCUUGAACCACCUCUCAUCACUCCUUAUAUCUUCAUACCUCCCAACACCAGAGGAUGCGGAUGGCUUCGACAUGCAACUGUGGAAAACCUUCCUCGAUACUCUCCUCAAGCUCGUGUCGUCUCCUGCUUUGACACUCGAGCUCUUCCCCGAACAAAAACGCCGGGCCGUGUGGAAAAUUGCAGGCGAUGUGCGCCAAUAUGGCGCCGACCUCUUGCGCAAAGCGUGGGAGAGCUUAGGCUGGGAAGCCACCGCCGACGAUCAGCGACGAUACAAUAUCCGCCGGCUGGGAGGCUAUCAAGUACAAUACGUGCCAAGUCUCGUAGCGCCUACCAUCAGUCUUUGUUUGAGUAUGCAUGAAGGUCUCCGCAAGGUUGCUGUCGAGGUGCUUCAAACCAUGAUUGUGAGCGAAUGGGCAUUAAGCGAAGACCUCGAGUUGAUUGAGACCGAAAUUAUCGGCGCGCUCAACUCGAUUCUGAAAGCGAAACCAGUGACGGCGAACGAAGCAGUGAGUCGCAAGGUCUUCAUUGCAGAGUUGCUGGAAUUGUUCUCCACGAUUGCGAAUCAGCCAGAUGAUGCGUUGUGGACUGCGCUCGAGGAGUUGGUGGGGACCAUCGAAGAGUUGGUCGACCUGCUCACCAGCACCGAUCCGGAAGACGAACAGUACUUGAGGAACUCGUCGACGGCCACCUCGAACCAUAAUGGGCAUGCACCGGGCAAUCAUCAACGAGCCGGCAGCAAGGACGCCGAUUCUCAGACGUCUGAGGCCAAAGAACUUGCUCGGGCGAGGAGAAGCAUUGAUGGGCUGUCACCGUCGUCUCAGCAGCAGCGGCAACAACACGGCCGCGACCGUGAGUACGGCGUCCACGCACUGGAAUGUUACAAGCAACUCGCCGAAGAGUAUGAGAGGAACGGAGACUACAAGAGGUUGGCCAAGACGCACCGGGCGAUUGCGCGGAUCCACGAGGCGAGGGCGGCCAGCCGGUACGGCGGGAGGGAGGCGAACGUGAACGGGUCACGGAUCGGGAUGAGGGAGGACGACGGUGAGGAGGAUGAGGUCUAGAUGGGCGAGGCAGGCUCCACGGCGAAAGUCUCGUGUGCGACACCUUCGUUGCCCGGAGGCGAGAGCAAGAGAGGUGGGCGAGUAAGAUAGCAUUGAAUGGGGGUUUGAUACCCCUUGGGAAUGGACCGAAUUCAAGGGAGGAAAGAAUGGAUGUGUGGGCGUUUGUGGGUGUUUGUAUUUUUGUGUGUGUGUUUUUCUACAAGCGACCUGGCUCUUUCAGCGAUACCCCAACCUGGUUCCUAGACAAGGUGGAGGGGGGAUGUGGAAAAGGAGAGGAUUUCCCGUUUGUUCUCUACCGCCAUCUUUGUUGUGUGUCUUGGCUUGUUCUGCUAUCUGCGUGUGAAUUUUCAAGGUAGCGAAUCCAAGCGUGAAUCGAACAUGUCCGACGUCCCUGGUGGUCCCUACUUUUAGAGGGCUGUUGGGCAGUGUGUAUAGGUAUAGACGACUUCUUC